AUGGGCGACUCGUUUGUCAUAGCAAUUGACUUUGGCACUGCAUUUAGUGGUUAUGCCUUUAAUAUCACUAAAGGAGAGGAAGAAAGUCAGCCAUACUUGCCAAAGUGGGGAAAGGAGUAUGGAUUUGACUCCCCAAAGACUCCAACCUGCAUUUUAUUUAAUAAAGAUGAAAAAUGUCUGAGUUUUGGCUAUGAAGCCAAAAUGACAUACAAGGAAAUGAGCGGAGAAGAAGCAAAGAAACAUUAUUACUUUGAAGACUUCAAGAUGGCCCUCUAUAGCAAAAAACUCAGCAGCAAUCUGAACAUUAAAGCAGCCAAUGGAAAGUCUAUGAAGGCAUUGAAAGUUUUCUCAGAAUCCCUGAGAUUUCUUAAAGAAGAGGCACUGAGAACAAUCAGCCGAAACACAGAAGGGAAAAUCUUCUUGCCCUCUGACUUCACCUGGGUCCUGACUGUUCCUGCCAUCUGGGAUCCUUCAGCUAAACAGUUCAUGAGAGAAGCUGCAAUGCAGGCAGGUAUUAUAACAGAAGGAGAUGAGGAGAAACUGGUGAUGGCACUGGAACCAGAAGCUGCUUCAAUCUGGUGUAAGAAGCUUCCAUCUGAUGGCUUCAUCUCUGAGAAGCACAACGCAGAGUCACUGGAUCAGUUUCCAGGGACUCAGUACAUCGUUGUCGACUGUGGAGGAGGAACUAUUGACAUCACUGUUCAUGAAGUCCUGGGUGGAGGAGGCCUGAAGGAACGACACAAAGUCUCUGGAAAUGAUCUGGGAGGACAAACUGUAGACAGAAAAUUUAAGCAGUUUCUCAGAGAGAUAUUCCCUGAAGGAAUCUGGGAUGAAUAUGAACAAAAAUCUCCUGGUGCAGCUCAGAGAAUUAUGUAUGAUUUUACCAAUCUCAAACAAGUUGAUAAAGAUGUUCAGAUCGGUUGCCCAUUCGCACUGGGAAUAUUAGCUAAAGAAAAAACAGGUUCAGAAAACUUUGUUCAGUCAGAUCUUGGUGCUUCAUGGGAUGUUCUGUGUCCUUUCAGAGCUCAGGAGGCGAUUCUGAGAGGAGCUGUAGAGUUUGGUAGAAACCCAGAUGUUGUGGCUUCUCGGAAAAGUUCCUAUACUUAUGGAUUUGCUGUUUGUGAGAAGUUUGAUGAGAGCAAACAUAAUAAAGAUAAGAAAUUUACAGCCAAAGGUGUGGAAAUGAGUCGAGAUAUUUUCAGGAAACUGGUGAAAGAAGGUGAGGAUCUUGGUUCAGAGGAUACCAGAGAGUUUCUUUGUUCUUCAGCAAGACCUGAUCAGAAACAGAUGAAACUGAGAUUUUUCCGCUCAUUAAGAAAAGAUCCAGUGUAUGUAGAUGAGUGGGGAGUGGAAGAGGUCGGUUCAUUCAUUGUAGACAUGACUGGAGGCGGUAAAGUCAAACUGGAAAUUGACUUUGGCUCCACAGAGAUAACAGCUACAGGGACAAACCAGCUUAAUGGGGAGAAGCAAACAGUAAAACUUGACUUCAUGACCACAGACAGAGAAUGUGUCAUUGAUGAUGAUGAUGAAGAAGAUCCUGUCAGUGUUGAAUCCAAAACGCCAAAACAUUAAAUGGCCAUUGAUUAAAACGCACUGAGCCAUAAUAGUUGCCUUGAUAUUUUAUUUCUGCAGUCAUUCAGUAUGCCAAUGAAUUCAAGGCAUUGUAGUGGUAUUUGGGCUUUGAAAGAAGAAAUCUCUGUGCAUAUAAGGAUGCGUUCACACUGCAGCCUGAAGUGACACAAUUCUGAUUUUUUUUAAUG